AUGGACAAAUAUUUCACUCCUCAUAAAUUAGCUAAAAGUGCUAAUGGAAAGAUUAUUAGUUCAAUUGUCUUGGAUAGUAAGUUUUGGCAAGAUUUUGUUACUACUGCAAAAAUUGUUGGUCCUCUUAUUAAAUUGUUGAGCCUUGUUGAUGCUGAUGAGAAACCUUCUUUGGAAUACGUAUAUGAAGGCAUGCAAAGAGCCAAAAAUGCUAUCAAGACAAUGUUUAGAAAUAAAAAAACUGCUUAUACGCCAUAUACGAGUAUCUUGAAAAUGAGGUGGGAGAUCCAUUUGAAGCGCAAUCUCUAUGUGGCGGCAUACUUUUUAAAUCCAAGCAUUUUAUAUAGUGAGGGCUUUGUUGAGAAGGCAAAUAUCUUGAAAUCUUUACUUGAUUUGCUUGAUGUUGAAAUACUUUGUGAUGACUCAGCUGCCGCAAUGCAAGAGAUACAACUAUAUCGAGAUUGUAAAGAAAGUUUUGGGAGGGAAAGUGCUAAGAGAGCGACAUCAAGACUCGAGCCUGGUGAAUCGUGGAGGCUACACGGUGGGAGUGCUCCUAAUUUGCAAAAAAUUGCAGUCCGUCUUCUGUUGCAUCGAAAGAAGAGGAAUUAUGAUCCAACUGACAUUGAAAGCAUUAACACGGUAGAAUUUUUGGUAAUGGCAGAUGAGGAUGAUCCUGAAUUUACUAACGGAGAUGUUGAAAGCAUUGAAAGUUUAAUAUACACUGAUAAUGCUAUGCCUUCGUAUCCUAAUGAUGGAGGAGACAUGAAAGUUGAAGUGGAUAUGCCUGAUGUUGUAAUUGAAUCCUUAAAUACUUCUUUUGGUGGUACUUCUAAAGAUGGUGGCUUUGGAUUAUCUGUUUAUGAUGGAGAUAUCGAAACAUUUAAUGAUGAUUAUGACUUCUAUUGA